GGCGCAUUGUUGCAGUUAUUACGGUAAUCCUGACUGUUAGCAACUAUGGGUGUCAGCUGAUCCUUCACUGGCGACUAGACGAAGCUAAGAAGGAAAAGCAGCUGCGGGUAAGGCAAACUGCAGCUGCUGCUGGUGCUUCAAGACUCACAGUCAUGGCUGCGGAGAUUCACUCGAGGCCUCAGACCGCCAGACCGGUGCUUUUGAACAAAAUCGAGGGACACUCCGACGCAGUCAACGCAGCCGUUUUAAUCCCCAAAGAAGAUGGAGUUAUCACCGUCAGCGAGGACAGGACAAUCAGAGUAUGGCUGAAGAGAGACAGCGGCCAGUACUGGCCCAGCAUCUACCACACCGUCUCCUCUCCGUGCUCUUCCAUGUCGUACCACCAUGACAGCCGUCGUAUCUUCAUAGGCCAGGAGAAUGGAGCUGUUGUGGAGUUUCUUAUUUCUGAAGAUUUCAACAAGAUGAACCACGUGAAGACCUAUCCAGCCCACCAGAACCGAGUGUCAGAUAUGGUGUUCUCUCUGGAGAGUGAGUGGCUGGUGAGCACGGGCCACGACAAGAGCGUGAGCUGGAUGUGCACCCAGAGUGGAAGCAUGCUGGGGAGACACUACUUCAACGCCUGGGCCUCCUGCCUACAAUACGAUCACGACACACAGCACGCCUUUGUGGGUGAUUACUCAGGACAGAUCACGCUGCUGAAACUGGAAAAGCAGACCUACUCCACCAUCACCACCCUGAAGGGUCACGAAGGAAGUAUAGGUGCUCUGUGGUGGGACCCCGUCCAGAAGCUGCUGUUCUCAGGUGCCUCGGACCACAGCAUCAUAAUGUGGGACAUCGGGGGCCGCAAAGGACGAACGCUAUUAUUGCAGGGACACCAUGAACGUGUUCAGUCUCUGCGUUAUCUCCAGUUGACCAGGCAGCUGGUGUCCUGCUCUGCUGACGGAGGCAUGGCCGUGUGGAACAUGGACACACAGAGAGAAGAGGCGCCUCAGUGGUUAGAGAGCGACUCAUGUCAGAUGUGUGAGCAGCCGUUCUUCUGGAACCUCAAGCAGAUGUGGGACACAAAGACUCUGGGGCUCAGACAGCACCACUGUAGAAAAUGUGGCAAAGCCGUGUGUGGGAAGUGCAGCUCCAAACGAUCCACGUUUCCCAUCAUGGGCUUUGAGUUUCCGGUGCGGGUGUGCGACACCUGCUUCGACACCAUCAAAGAAGAAGAUCGAACACCGCUGGCGUCCUUCCACGAGGGGAAACACAACAUUGCCCACAUGGACAUGGACCCGUCCAGGGGCCUGAUGGUCACGUGUGGGAGCGAUCGCGUCAGUAAGAUCUGGGAUAUGACGCAGGUAGUUGGCUGUAGCCUAGCAACAGGUUUCUCUUCACGCUAAUUGGUCCGACCCACUUCGCACUGCCCCCCCCACAACCCCCCGCCCGACCUUCUCCUCCUCCUGUGCUGGAGACGCUCUCCC